GGCACCUUACACACUCACACUCACUCACACACUCACACACUCAAACCCUCCUCCAACUCCACCGCCCACCAUGGCCGCCUCCACUCUGUCCGUCUGCUCCAGCAACCUGAGCUAUGGCAACCGCUCCGGCCUGCCCGGGUCCAGUGACUCCUGCGCCGACUCCUCCUGGCAGGUGGACGACUGUCCAGAGAGCUGCUGUGAGCCCUCCUGCUGCGCCCCCACCUGCUAUGUCCCCAGCUGCUGUGCCCCCAGCUGCUGUGCCACCACCUGCUGUGUCCCCACCUGCUGUGUCCCCAGCUGCUGCCAGCCCACCUGCUGUGUCCCCAGCUGCUGUCAGCCUUCCUGCCUGACCCUCAUCUACACCCCAGUGAGCUGCAUGUCCAGCCCCUGCUGCCAGAUGUCCUGUGGGUCCAGCCCCUGCCAGUCAGCCUGCACAAGCUUCUGUACCAGCUCCUGCACGCCCUCUUGCUGCCAGCAGUCUAGCUGCCAGCCCUCCUGCUGUGUGUCCGUCUGCAGCACACCUGUCUGCUGCAAGCCCAUGUGCUGUGUGCCCGUCUGCUCUGGGGCCUCCUCAUGCUGCCAGCCCACCUCCUGCACCUCAUCCUGCUGCAGACCCUCCUCCUGCGUGUCCGUCAUCUGCCGCCCCGUGUGCAAGCCUGCCUGCUGUGUGCCCACCUCCUCCUGCUGUGGCCCCACCUCCUCCUGCCAGCCCAACUGCUGCCGCCCGUCCUCCUGCAUGUCCCUGAUCUGCCGCCCCGUGUGCUCCCGCCCGGCCUGCUGUGUCCCGACCUCGACCCAGAAGUCCUGCUGCUGAGUGAUCGUCUUCAGGGCACCCAAACACUCAAGAGCUCACGGCCAUCUGCACCCCAGGGUUCUAUACUGACAGCCAAGGCAGCUGACAAGUCCCCUCGUUUGUCCCCUCACUGGGCGUUUGUGGUCGCCCGGCCACUGCUGUGCAU